UCCCAUCCGAGUCUUAGUGCAGUUUGUUUGGCGUUAUUAUAUGUCCGCUUGCGGUAUUGAAAGCAUUCUCACAUAAAUAACCUUUCUUGAGAUUUGUGUUCCUAUUUGACUGUGUCUUAGAACUUUAGAAAAUUCAGUGUUCCAGUUACGUAUUUCAGUUACAAUACAAAGAAAGAAAUUGACUGGUUGCAUAAAUAGUUAAGUAUUAUUCGAAUAUCUAUUGACCUUCAGUUCUAAUUUAGUGAGUUAGACAUCGGGUGAAAAGACUACUAAAAGAAGAUUUAAAAAGACAGAAGAUUCAAAAAGGAGCUCGAAGAAUCAAUUUAGCUGUCGGAUGAUGUCGAAAAUUCAUAAAGUGGUCUCAAGAGGUCUAUUUCGCAAUUUCAUUGGAAUGCUUAUACAUAUGAAAUAGUAAUCGGUCGACUUCACAUACAGAGAUGGUUUCAAAUGUAGCGUUCUUUAGCAGGAUUUGUAGGAACAGAACAAUGUGUAGGAACAAUGUUUUUUAUCCAUUGUUUAAAUGUUUUCCUUUCCGAAAGGACUGUUAAACAUAGCAUCCAAUUCAGGAGCAUAUUUAAAUUUUUCUCAGAGUAACAGAGAUAGUUUUCUCAUUCAAAUCCAUUUAACCAGUUGAGAAGGUACAUAAAUUAAGUUAACAUCUGUUUAAAUACUGGUAUUUUGCAAACAAAGGAAAUAAAUACACGACUCUGCAUUUCCGACUUAGCAUGUCUGCAACACACAAAUUUAUUUUAAUUCCUGUGUAUAUAUUCUACUCUGUUACUUUCAAGAAACUUGCAUUCUAAGCAUUUCUAAGCGCGAUAGGAAUUUUCAAAUAAAUAACAUGUUUUAAAAUUUUAUAAUAAAUAAGCCAUAAGAUAAAAUCUACAUAUUUUCCUUAACUAUUAGCAUCCGCAUCUACAAGAAAAUAUUGUUAUAUUCUCUUAUUUCAGUAACUGUUUUUGGAAAGGAAAACCGAUGCCUAAAGUAUAUUCAAAUGCACAGAACAUAACAAAUGAAAAUACCUGUCGUAACAUUACCAUACAGAAAGUCUGUAUUCUGCAAAAAAUAAAUACAUUAUAGAAAGCGAAGAAAUAGAAAUACAUUAGCUAGUUUUAAAAAAUGAAGCGAUAUAAUAGGAUUAGCUCCGGUAGUCUGUGCAUAAUUCCUAAAAAGGCUAUCGCAUGGAUAAUGUUAUUGAUGGCUGUUUUAACCAUUUUGUUCUUCAUAUCUAUUGAAGUAAGAAAAAUUCUUUCCCUCGGAAGUUUAACAAGAGAAAAAAUCCUUAAGCAGAAUCAUGGUACUUUUUCUACUAGUAACAGUGAAUUUAGCUCAUCUCAAUAUACAUCAAGUGAGAUUUCUGCAGAAACUGAGAAAGGUGUAAUUCGAUCUUUUAAUUCAGUUGUUGCACUUGAACUGUUUGAAGAACAGCCUCACUGUGCCACUAAGCCUUUUCUUUUAGUACUAGUGGCAUCAGCACCAGAAAAUUUUGAGCGAAGAGAUGCAAUCCGAAAGGCAUGGGUUUACUCUUUAACAAACAAAGAAUGGACUUCAGAGUUAAAGACAAAAAUUUUAUUCCUGGUUGGUUUUUCGCCAAGCAAAUUCCUCAACAUUUUGCUGAAGAAUGAAAAUGAACAGUCAGGAGAUAUACUUUUGGGUGAAUAUUUGGAUACAUACAGAAAUCUGACAACUAAAGUCAAACAUGGUUUAACGUGGGCCCUCCAUCAUUGCCAGCCAACUUACCUCCUGAAGACUGAUGACGACUGCUUUGUCAAUUUACCCUUACUUAUAGACUUCUUGUGGAAGUAUAAUCCUGUUCGAAAAAAUCUUUAUGCCGGUCGUGUUCGGUGGUAUGUUCCUGUCAUUCGAGACCCCAACAGUCGCUGGUACGUAUCUAGCAUCGAGUAUCGAAGGCCCCGUUAUGCUCCUUAUGUGAAUGGUGCUGGGUAUAUUUUCAGUUUGGAUGUACUGAAGAAAUUCGUAGCUGCAGCUGAUACUGUGUUGCCCUUCCCGAAUGAAGAUGCAUACGUGGGCACAGUUUUGAAUGUGGCUGGAGUGAGACCAACGUAUAGUGCACGAUUCGUGACGCAUGCUGGACCAUGGCAAAUGUGCAAUUUCUUGUACCUGUUUGUUGUCCAUCACGUCAAAGCUACACGGCAGUGGGAAUUCCAAGAGAUGGCAAAAAGAGCGAUGGAAGAAUGUUCAAGCACAGACAUGGCAAAAGACUGGGUUUGAAAAAGCAAUAUCAAAGCCAAAUGUUAUUGACUGAGUUGAUAUUUAGUUGAAGACAUCGGAUCGGACGGUAUGAAUAACUGACCGGACGGUAUGAAUAUAAUACAUGGCUCAAUUGUAAUUAUGAUGAAAUGGUUUGGGAAUAAUUCCCAAGUCGAAAGAUGAUGAACUUAAUGGGGAUAAUUGAUAUGACUUACACUUGGAAAUAUCAAGAGAGAUGACAUGAAAAAAUAUAAAUAUAACGGACUGAAUAGAAAAUGUGAAGUGGCAUAAUAAAUAUGAAUGAUGAAGGACGAAAUGUAAAUAUUGAAAGAUAAAAUAAUAGUUUAGGUAUAUUAAAAGUCUUUCGCAGAAGAAUUCUUUCCAGCGACACGGUGUAAGAAGAAAUCACUUCAAUACUACUAGCCAUCUAUCGGUAAGGAAAUGAACGAUAAAGUACUUGCGAUUCUUCCCAUUUUUGUUAUCCUAUCUCAUGCAGUUGCUACAAAUAACUCAUAAUGGAAGCAAAAAUGAAGGUUGACAAACGUUCCUAGAGCCAUAUAUAUCAAUCCUUUGGCCAAACUGGAAAGGUCCUUAAAGAACACAAAGGGAGAUUUUUUUAAUGCUAAAAAUAUAGGUAAAGCUUCCGCUUACAAUGAUUAGAUAGUGACUGAAGAUUUCUUUUCAGGGUGAGUAUUGAUGGUCCUUCCAAAAACGAAAAAAAAUAUACAGGGUGUCUACAAAGUCCCUGAACAACACUACCCUAUUAUUAUGAGUACACUAUGUAGUGCUAUAAAUUUUUCUGGUGUUAUUGCACAUAUGUGAAAGAUUUUCCCAUUUUCCCCCCACAAUUUGUUUUAGUUUAAUAGACACAUAAUGUGAGGAUUUGGGGAUCCAAAAACCUUCAUAUCAUAAUGGAGCUGAAGUGAUACAGGCGGAAAGUAAAUGCUUGGUGUGGGAUGUUGUAUGGCAAGAUUUUAGGACCAUUUUUCUUGAAUGAACAAAGAAUCGCUGCUAAAGUUUACUUCGAUACAUUGAUUAAUUACAUUUGCGAAUAGUUGGAACAGACUCUAGCCCAUGUCAUCUUGUCGCCUGCUGAGGUUGUAUAAAAUGCAUUAUUUGUCACAAAAACUUUGGACCUUGUUAAUGAAAGUGCGACCAGUACCAAAGGUAAAAGGCGUUUCAUUCCUAAACAAAAGCUGAAAAAAGUUAUGCAGGGACUUUGUGGACACCCUGUAUAUGCUCUAUAAACAGUGUGGUAAAAAUUGGUUUCGAACGAGUAUCGUAUGUACUGCUGUGCAUCCUUACAUCAUCUUAAAAAAUUUUAAAAAAAUAUAGUGUUAAGGUGUUACAGUCAAUAAACAAAAAUUUAUGCGUGUGAUAAACCUUGUGAAAGUUUAAAUUCUUAUGAAACUGUCUAACUACUUCUGUUUACGAAAGCAAUUAGACAGUUUAAAUUGAAAAACAAAGCACUUGACUGAUUUUGGACAAAUUUUAAAUCAAGAAUCAUUAAAAACUGCUUUGUAGACAAUUAAGGAUUUGCUAUUUUUAAAAUAAAUGUAAAUCUUUGCAUGGUUGUUUGCGCGCAGCUUUUCGUCAGCUAUAUCAUUACUUAUUGUUUAUACAACUGCAAAUAGUUCCUCUAACGAUUUGUCCUAAAUUCUGAAACAUAUGGACUAAUGUAAUGGACUAAUGUAAUGUAAUGGACUAAGUAAAUGUACAAACAAAAUAAAACAAUAAAGGAAACAGAAAAAUAAAAAUGUGCUUUUAAUGAAUAUCUUAAAAUUAAUAAGUUUCUUCUCUCUCCCUCCCUCCAAAACAUUGCUUUUUGGGAAACAAAUAAAAUAACAAAUAAUAAUAUUCAUAAUUAGCAAAAUAUAUUUUGCUCAGCCUUAGCUGUAUGAUUUCACAAGUGCGGUUUUUUUUUUUCCAAUAUGCUAUUUUACAGGUGCUUCAAUAGAAAAUAACAUUUAAUUUCUUGGAAAAUGUCAUAUAUGGAACGGAAUUCUGAAAGUUAAUACAAGCAAGCGUCAGUUUCUGUCCUGUAAUUAUACCCCCCAUUAGUGAAGAAAGUAAUGCUUUUUUUUCCGGGGGGAAAGUAGUUUUUAAAACAGUAGCAGUUUAAAGUAGUUACAAAUUUUUUUGAUGCUAAGUGUUAUAAUCCCUAAAAGCAGAACACCAAAACAGGCAAGUUAUAAGCACAUAAAACAUACAAACAAGACUAUAUCAAAAAGCUUACUAUCCGAGAAGUAUAAAUAAGUGCCAGAAGAAAUCAAUUCUGUCUUUGAAUUAUUUGAUAUAAAAUACGAUAAGUGAUGAGGGUGAAACAAAUUCAGCUUUCUACUGAGUAAUAAAUUUUGAGAAGUGGAUGGCACAAUUUUAAAAUCAUAGAGUUCUUUGGAACAGGCCAAGCCUAUAUAGGUGCCAAGAUUAUCAUCGCUUACAUCACAAUUGUAAGUACUAUCAUGCAUAUUAAGGAUAUUGUAAUCGCAGCUACAAAACAGUGAUCAGGUCUGAACGUCCAUCAUGCAUUAAGUAUAAAUUACACAAUAGAGUCAAUAAUGACAGCGCAUAUAGAAUUAGGCAUCAAAGGCAUGUCCUAAACUGUCCAAAGUACCUAAAACAAGUUAAUAAAAUAAAAUAAAAUAAAAAAAUCUGAAAGUUUUCAAAUUUUUACAUUACGCUCAAAGAGCAGUUUUUUUGUUUUUUUUUCCCAACGUUUGUAUGUUAUUUCAUUUAUU